AUGCCUGGGGCACUUGGAACAGCGUUGGCGACCCAGACUGUGCAGGCUCAGGUCGAGGCCAGUGUUGCCAUGCAUGUGCACAUUUGUCACGUGUUGCUGGCCGAAGCUGCGCACACUCUUUUCGGCGAACCGUUCCAGGUGAGCUCGGAAGCUGUGCAGGAAGAAUUGCUGGACCCCAAGAAAUCCUUGGUGUUCAGAAGCAUCAAGUCCCGCUUUCGUCACUCUGCACCAGAGUUGCCACCGGCCUCGUCGAUGAACCACGGCCCCAGCAAUCAGGGUAAUACCACACCCAUCAACCCCGGCAGCAGCAGGGCUCCACCAGCUGCUGCUGACGAUGAAGCAUACGUGGAGAAAAUCCUGGAUGAAUUCCGGAAACGGCAUUCGCACGUGGCUGCCGAGCACGUGACCGAGUUUUCGGAUCUGGUCAAGUCGAGCGUCUCGAGACUGGUUCCCGAAUUGCAGAAACCGCGAAGGCCGUCUGAAGUCACCGUCGGCAAUAUCAAAGAGGCGGAAGCGAUCAAGAAUCUCAAGACUGUGCCGAAAAAGUCGGCGAUUUCUCGUCCGGCGUCCAGCAAGGACACUUCAGAAGCUGCGUCCCAGUCAAACGACGUGUCUUUCAAUCCUGACCUGCUUGAGGUCGAGAUUGACAACACGCAUCCGGUCACGGAGAUCUUCACUUCCGAGCUCUUGAAUUACGAGGCCAUGUUGGAGAAACGAUUGGUAACCUACGCAGAGUUCCAGCGACUGGUGAUGAAAUCCAUUUUGGCGGCGAUUCGCAAGGCCAACACCUUCAACCCUGCCGAACACGGGCCGGAGAAAACAAACGACGGGCUGCCAAAUUACAGCAAGCUCUUGUGUGACUGCAUCGUCAAUAAUAUUCAGCAGCAGGAGGAGUUCAUGGACUGUUUCUUCAACUACCUCGGCGAGAAAGUGGAUUUUCCGGAAUUGGCAAAUGUGAGAAGCGAUUCGAAGUUUCCUCAAGAGGAGAGGUCUUCGGCAACACCGCAUUCGUCGUCAUCAAUCAGGGGAUUCCGACUGAGCACCGAGACUUCGCCAAUUCUGGCACCUAGUAAAAGUAUCGCCCAUCCCGGGGUCCUGUCUUCGGAAUUCAUGAUUAAGAACAUUGCUCAUAUUGUCAAGAAGAUGCAGCCGCAGUUCGAAGUGAUUCUGUUCUCUUUCAUGGAAUUGGAUUUGCGGUUGGCCGACAGGUUUUUGCGCAUUUUUUCUGAAAAGGUCCCCAAGGUUGUGAGUGGCACUGUGACCCCACAGGUUUUGAGAAGGUCUUCCGCGUUUAGCAACCGGAUCAGGAAACUCGCCCUGGGACCCACAUAUUUCACCCGAGCCUACCAGGUUGCCGUCCAGGAUUACGAGACGAAAUUGAAGCGCCUCAUUGCGGACAUCGCCGCCAACGAUGCCGAAAUGAAGAAGCGCAAUUUGAACGUGGCGUCCAUGGCUCUGCUGGAAAGCAAGGCCACCAUGCUCAAGUUUCUGCGCCCUAUGGAAAAGGCGCCUGUGGUGCGACUCCGAAUCAUACCUCCGGAAACUGCAUCGAAUGUCGACGAGAGCACAAGUGGCGCCAUUGAUUUGGCAGGGCCAACUCGACGGAGGUUCAUGUCGGUGACGGACGUGAGUUCAAGUGCCGUCAUCGAGGCGUCCAAGAGGGCGGUCGAGAAGAAGCGGCGGUCGCGGGAAGAAAAUGACCAUUGACAAGAAUGAUUUCUACUUCUUUCUUUUUAUUUAAAAAAAAAGGAAAAAAAUAACCUCGCGUAUUUUCGUCACUACGGGAAAAACCGCAUCAUGCUUUCGAUCGUCUCAUCCCUGAUGAUGCGUUUGUCAGCAGCAGCAGAGAAAAACUUGUCGGUCCGUCAAAAAAUAUAUAGUAUUUGCAUGCUG